AUGGCUGACCAACCGAAACCGUACAAGAUUUCUGUUCCUAAUAAGAGUCUCCAAGACCUUCAGCAGCGUCUAGCACUUUCCAAAUUCCCAACCCAGCUGGAGUCCUCCGAGCAAGAUCCUUGGGAUUUUGGAACUCCAGUAACGGAAGUGCAGCGACUCGCAAAAUAUUGGAAGGAUGGUUUUGACUGGCGGAGGGCGGAAGCUGAAUUAAAUGAGCUGCCCCAGUAUCAAACGCAGAUCGAGGUAAAUGGAUUUGGCAGUUUGGACAUCCACUAUGUUCACCAAAUCAACACUAACAAGAACGCCAUUCCGCUGCUUUUUAGCCACGGAUGGCCGGGAUCAUUCAUUGAAGUCAUAAAACUGUUGCCGAUGCUGAAAGGCGACGGCGACAAUCCCGCAUUCCACGUUGUGGCUCCAUCGUUGCCAAAUUUCGGCUUCUCUUCAGGAGUGACUCGUCGUGGGUUUGGCCUUGCACAAUACGCCGAAGUCCUACACAAACUCAUGAUUAAGCUAGGCUAUGAUAAAUAUGUGACUCAGGGCGGAGAUUGGGGAUUCUGGAUUACCAGAACCAUUGGUCUACUAUACCCCGAGCACUGCCAAGCUUCUCAUAUCAACAUGGUGCUAGCCAACCCCCCUAAAUUUACCGAUAACCCAUGGGCAGCUCUGCAACACGCAUUGCUGCCGUACAAUGACCGGGAAAAGGCAGGCCGUGAACGAAGCAAAUGGUUUGAACAAGAAGGCUUUGGUUACAACCAACUCCAAAGCACCAAGCCGCAGACUAUUGGCGCAGCACUAGAAGAUAGCCCUGUUGCGUUGUUGGCCUGGAUUUACGAGAAGCUGCAUGACUGGACAGACUCAUAUCCUUGGACUGAUGACGAGAUCCUAACUUGGAUAUCUAUCUACUGGUUUUCUGUAGCCGGACCCGCGGCUACUGUCCGCAUAUACUAUGAGGCCUUGCAUGCUGGAAUGAUCAAGGGGAAGUCCUAUAAGGCGUUGGUUGGAUAUGUCCCGCAUGUGAAGCUAGGAAUUGCGCACCUCCCUCGUGAAAUUUCUGUCAUUCCUUGCUCUUGGGCUGCAGGCCUAGGUCCGAUCGCUCGGCAGAGUGAACAUGACCAUGGAGGUCAUUUUGCCGCUUGGGAGGUUCCCGAAUUUAUCACCCAGGACUUGCAGGUCAUGUUUAGCAAGAAUGGUCCUUGCUACGGGAUUGUUAUCGGCAAAGAUGGAUACUAA